AUGAGCAGAAGAACCGUUCCACCGGCCGGACUAAACUCCUGCGAGAGGAUCAGACCAGAACGACCGAGGAAUACCAUCCAGAGGCUAGUAUGGGGUCCAGGCUCGCAAUUUCAAGUCGGGCAAAUAGGAUCGCCCGAGGACGAGGGCUCGAAUCCGCGAAUGGCGCUGAGAAGACUUCUGAGGCUGUACGAGGGAAGGCAGUACAGAGAAGCGGCGGGUUUCCUCCUGAAGCUACCACGAUACACCCUUAAAGCCACCCUGCCGGACAUUCCCGUGGACCUGUUGAUCGAAACGCUGCCACAUAGUCUGGCCCUUUUAGAAGCACUCUACUCGAGGCUGCUCGAGCUGGACAUCAACGACGCGAAGAUUCUUCGUGUGGAACAGGUACUUUGGCGGAUCGUGCACCUGAUCUCGAUCGGGCAGGAUCACUUCCGUCUGCGAAUCUGGUGCAAGCUGCUGGUGUCCUUGAACCGUUUGGCACCGAACGCCAGGAACACGCUGAUCGGCCGGAAGAGAGCGCUGGAAAGGGCCGUGGAAGGACUGGGAAGGCACGGUCUGGUGUCCUCGUCUGGUCACACCUGUAAUUCGGAGAACGGCACCGCGACGAAUCUGGUCCCAUUACCGGUCGCGCUCAAGGAACAGCUCGAGAACAGGAUCGACGCGUACAAGCUGGCCGUGCACAAGCUGGAAAGCUUCGGGAAACACGCUAGAACGCAUAAAGCGGACCAAGGUGUCCAGGCGGCCUCGCACCAGCGGCAACUUUCGCUCAAGUACAGCGAGAUCCAGCAACGGCUGAUCGAUAAUCAGAGUCUACUGAACACGCUGGAGAAAGUCAGCGAUCCGAGCAGCUUAGAAAGUCUAUUAUCCGAGUUGAAACGGAGGGUCGAGCAGGAUAAGGAGGCCCUCCGACAAUGGACGGCCUUGAGAAGAUCGACGCUCGCCGGGAACACAAAGAAUCCAGCUCUAGCUGCUAGCCUGCUGCAAUUCUCCAGGGGCUGCGACCUGGCACUGCAACUGAUGACCCAAGACAGUUUGCAGGUAUUCCAUCCGGAUGAAAAUCUGGCGGACGACUACGAGGAGGAAUCCAGCAGCAGCGCAGGCUAUCACACGGACGAGAGCUGCAGCCCGACCCCGGAACCGUUGGUUCGGAACGGUUGCGAACUACUUCUCCGAACGGACGUGAAUUUUUCGCGUUUCACCUACGGCGAGGUGACCGCCGAACGGCUCGCCGAGAGAUACGCGGCCCUCUACGGGCAGGCUCAUUUGCAUACGCUGGAUGCUCUGGACGCUUUGGAACCCCUAAAGGAUGCAGCCGACUUGAAAGCAAAGAUCCUCUAUUCGGUGGUCGUGCUUUCCUGGCGUCUGGCGGGCAUAACACAAACGUCGAGAUUCGCAGAAGCGCUGAAGAUCGUAAACGGCACCGCCGCGAUCACUGCGCAGUCGGUCACGCCAGGGUUGGAGGAAUGCGUGAAACGGCAACUGGCGACUUCCGGUGCGCGGACCGGUUCCCGGGAGGUCGCGGAACAGGUGGUCAACCAGCUGGAGAGAACGUUGUACGACUUUCCGUGUCUCCGUGGAUGCGUCGAGGUCAAAAACUACGCCGUUGCCUGUUCCAGUCUGGCUUGGGCCUGUCUGGCCCGUGUCACUCCGUUGCUCCUCGACGUGGCGCAGCCUCUCGAAUUCAGACGGGAACUCCACGUACGACAUCACGCGUCCCCCAAUUCGAACGGCACCAGGAUCAAGACGGUACUCUGGCCCGGGCUUCGGGAAGGCUGCCAAGGACCUUGCCUCCAUCGAACGAUUGUUCUCACGAUCUAA